AAGGUUGCACAUUGUGCAACAGUGCAAUGUAGAAAUUAGUUCGGCAUUGAAUUGCUCACACGUUCACACACGUUCGGCCAGGUUAUUAGUUAUUAUGGUACUACAUUAGAUUCGCAUCAGCAUUAACGGCAAAUUAUAGUGUGCAAUGAGUGCAAUAAUGUGUUAAUAAAUGGAUGAUUAUCGUUUAUCAUUCAGGGGAUUAUAUAGAUUUAUAUUUGGUGAUAAAAAAAUUAAUUGAACAGGCAAUUAAAUAUCACAUCCAACAAUGGAGCCAACAUUACCUUUGGAUCAGUAUCCCAACAGGAUCGCGGACAUGUUCGCAGGGAAUACAGUUUUCAUCACUGGAGGAACAGGAUUUAUGGGGAAGGUCCUUGUGGAGAAAAUUCUACGUACCUGUGAUGAUGUUAAAAGGAUCUAUUUGUUAGUCAGAAACAAAAAAGGCAAGGAUCCCAUUGAAAGAUUGAAAGUUAUCUUUGAAAAUCCGCUCUUCGACAUGUUACGCAACAUGAAAACCCAAAGUAUCUUCGAUAAAGUCGUCCCAAUCGAAGGUGAUGUAAGUCUGUUGGGCAUGGGUCUCUCCGAUAAAGAUCGCCAGAUAAUUAUUGACGAUGUACACUUUGUAUUCCACUGCGCUGCCACCGUACGCUUUGAUCAACCGUUAAAAAGCGCUGUGCUGCUCAACGUGCGCGGAACUAAACAAAUGCUUGAAUUAGCGCAUGAGAUGAAACAAUUGAAACUGUUUGCUCACGUGUCUACUGCUUACUGCCAUUUGCAUGAGAGGAUCCUGUAUGAGAAGCCGUAUGCACCUCCGGCGAGUCCUUUGAAUGUCAUCAAGACUGUUGAGUGGAUGGAUGAUGAUAUCGUUGAAAGCAUCACACAUAAGAUUUUAGGUGAAUGGCCAAAUACUUACGCGUUUACAAAAGCGUUGAGUGAGGGAUUGAUUAACGACGAGUUGGGGAAGCUGCCGGUUAUACUUUUGAGGCCUUCAGUUGUAAUACCUGUUUGGAAGGAUCCUUUACCUGGAUGGACUGAUAACAUUAACGGGCCCACAGGACUCCUCAUCGGAGCAGGGAAAGGUGUAAUCAGGACGAUGUACUGUAAUUCUUCAGGAUAUGCCGAUUAUCUCCCGGUGGACAUUGCUGUGAAUGGUGUAUUGGUUGCGUCUUGCGACUUUCUUAAAUAUGGAGAAAGAAAUAUUUAUAACCUAACCAGCUCAGCAGAAUAUAAAAUUUCCUGGGAGGAAAUUAUCGAUAUUGGUAGAGAGGUAAUUGCAACAAGGAUUCCGUUGAACUGGGUUGUGUGGUAUCCUGGAGGAUCCAUGAAAAAAAGUAGAUUAAUUCAUAAUUUCUGUGUGUUGUUCUUCCAUUUGAUUCCGGCAGUAUUUCUUGAUUUUCUUCUGAUUUGUAUGGGAUAUAGUCCAGUGUUAAUCAAAAUCCACAAACGUAUCCUGAAAGGCUUCGAAAUGUUUGAAUACUAUGCUAAUAACCAAUGGGACUUCAAUAACGACUUAUCCUUAAUUGCAAGAGAAAAGAUGAAUCCACGUGAAAAGUCUAUUUAUAUAUUGCAUGGCGAUGGCAUUAAUUAUCACGACUAUUUCACUGAUUGCGUGCAUGCUGCAAGACUUUACAUUCUGAAAGAGAGUGAUGAGUCUAUCCCCACGGCAAGGAGACAUAUGAAAAUUAUGUAUUGUGUGGAUAAAAUAGUGAAAUUCGCUUUCCUCUUCUGGAUGCUGUAUCUUCUCUACACGAACAUUGUUCAACCAAUACUAGGCAUAUAAUUAAUCUUAAUAAAGGUCACAGUACACCAAAUACUAAUUAUUGAUUCAGGAAUGAUGGAUGUAAGUAUAGGGAUGUAAAAAUGCCAAGAAAGUAAUAGGAAAGGAUAUAAGUAAAUAAAAAUACUUAAUAUUUUGUAGAUUUUGUAUGUAAAUGUUUUAUAUUAUAAUCAAUAUUAUAAUCUAAAAUGAAUUUUUUAUAAUGUUAAUUCUUACAAAAUUCAUAUUUGUAAAUCAGCUUGUUUGUAAUUCCAAAACAUAAUUUUUUAUGCAUGCUCAAAAAAAAAUACAUUUUUAAAAUAAAUAAUUAAAUAUUUUGGAUAUUAUAUAGUAUCCAAUAAAAAAUUUGGUAAUCAA